UCGGUCUGCGCGGUCGCUCCAUUCUUUCUUCUGUACUUUUAAACACAGCAAACGUCGUGGAGAGUCUGCUUAUCGGCGACGAUAACGCACGUGAUUUACAUUUUAUUGUAGGGUUUUGUUGAUGAUUUUGAUAGGGUGUGAUCACGUGCUUGGAGCGAACCCCCACUUCUACCCCUCACCUCCAGUCCUUGAAUCUGAAGACCAACUGUAGAGGAGAUAGAGAGAAGGAAGAAAGGGAGAAUGAGAGUAUCUGUGAAGCCGACGGAUGGCUGAUUGACUGGCCUUGCCUUGCCUUGAUAUAUUCAGCGCGGACGGGGUAGACACCACCAUCGUCAUCUCCAGAUCUCAGUUUAUGUUCAAAGUCCGUUGCCUCUCCAGAUCUCGUCGAUAUUAGAUAUUCGAUCAACAACAUGAGUUUUCCGCGCAAAAGAGCUGCGGUGGCCUGUGACUUUUGCAGGUUCAACUUCACCAACGACCAACCUCCCCCCAGAAACCUCGAAGACAGGCUACAAACCAUCGAAGACCUCCUCGCAAAACACGAGCAGCUGAUCCAGAAUAUCACGACACUGCAAGCACUCAACGCGGCUACUGCUGCUAGCAGUAGCAGCAAACACAGCUCUCCGCAUGACGACGGACCAUCGCCGUCACAAAUCUCCUCCGCCGCGAGUAAUAACGGGCAACAACAUCUAUGGCCCCAUCCCUCACUCUCCGCCUCCCCGGACUCGCCGCACCCCCUGCCUCACAACCCAGUCUUCUAUCCCUCCGCAGAUACAAACCCCGACGCGGCGCCCGCCUUCACGAUCCCAACCAAACACGACACGAUGGCAAUCCGCGUCCUCGCGCUCCCCCAGAUCCGCGCGCUCGUGGGUGACUACCCACUCGACUACUUCUACGACAUCGAAGUCCGCCGCCCUGUACCUUGGGACACCACACCUCACUCCACCUCCACCGCGCACGUCGAACUCCCCGCGCUCAAUCGCAAGACGUGCGACGCGCUGCUGGCGCAGUUUGCGAGGAAAGUGCAUGUUCAUCAUCCGAUUGUUGAUACCCGCGAACUCGCGAGAGUUUGUGAGCGCGCGUGCGAGGACGGGCUUGAUUGGACUCUCGAGUCUGCGAUCUUGAUGACCGCGCUCGCGCUCGGUGCUGCCGCGACAAAACACUCUGACAACAGCCAGCAACAACCUGCAGGGAUUGAGUACUUUUCCCCAGCGUACAGAAUCAUUUGGGCUGCUUCCGCGGCAGAUUUAAGCGCAAACACCGCUGUCGCACAGGGGCUUGUGCUGGCGGGGUUGUAUAUGGCGUACAUUGUCCGGCCGAUUAGUAGUUGGAAACUAAUCCACGCCGCGUCGACGAACGUGCAACUCGGACUCACCAGACUAUCAAACGCGCGCGCGAGCAGCGAGAAUUCACCUUCUAAUCCCGCAGCAGACCCGCGCGAGCUCGAGAUCCGCCUCUUCUGGAGCUGCUUCCUAAUCGAAUGCGACCGGCUCGCUGAAUUCGAACUUCCCCGGUCCGGAAUCGAGUCGAUCGUCGACGACAUGCCGUUACCCACUAUUUCCUCCGACCCCGUCGACCCCGCGAUGGUGUAUUUCCUUGCCGAGAUCUCAAUUCGGAGAUUACUCAACCGCGUGCAUAAUUCGCUGUACACUACGUCCUCCGGGAAGAGGAGUUUGCAUUCGUUGCUGAAGAUUUGUGAUGAGUUGAAUCGGCAGCUUGAGCUUUGGUAUGAUUCGAUUCCCGAGGUCGUCAGACCAGACCUAUCGCUCUCUCCUUCUUCAUCAUUAUCCGCAGACGACGAGGAAAACGACCGCGCGCUCGUGCUCAGGAUAAGAUACUACGCCACCCGGCACAUCAUCUUCCGCCCCUUCGUCCUCCGCGUAAUCGACCCCUCCCUCCCGGCCUCCGAAACCUACGGCCCGCACAAACCCCGCGUCCUCGAAAACUGCCACCGCUGUCUCGACAGCAUCCGGCGGUACAUCCACAGCGCGGGGUAUAUCCUGCGCCACCCGUCCCCUUACACAUGGACGCUUUCGCAGAGUUCGUUGGGCGCGAUAUUGGUUGCUACGGCGGCAAGCGCGGACGAGAGUGGCGUGUUGAAGGGGUGCGUGGGGGAUGUGGGGGAGUUGAGGGAUAUCGUGCUGGGGAAUAUUAGGCCGUGGAGUGAGGAGGGGAGUAGUAUCGCGAGCGUGGUUAGAAUUUUGGAACAUAUUCAGUGGCGGCAGGGUUAACUUCACUACUACUACUACUACUAUCAACAAUGUUCUAUUCAGGAUUGUUCUACUGUGACAGCCGGUACUUGAGCGAGACUAGUUAUUAAGAGCGAGAGGGUGUACUUGCUGUACUAUUCAGACAUCUAUUGAAUAUGAUAUCGAUUACUCCGCUCUUCCACUAUUUAUGCUUCCUUUCAAGCCACCUCCCAACCCAGUCUUCUAAAGAGUCUUCCAUCAGACCCCCCUUCGCUCUGAAUAACUACUACUAUCGCUCA